CCGCUCCGCUGCGGGCUGCUGGUUUGAACAGGAAGGCGGACAUGUUGGGCGCUCUCGGUGUUAUUACCGUCACUGCUGAUAAAGGUGUGGAAAUCGGGAGAGCGGCUGGUCUGCAGCAGCGCAGCCGGCCACAGGAGCUCGUCAGGCCGGAUCAGUGAGCCGAGCAGGACCGGACCGGACCGGACCGGGCCGGGCGGAUCUCGGUGACUCGGACUAACAGGGCAGGAACUUUUCUCUCUUAGCGGGAUCGAGUUUUAGAAAGUCGCCCAGAUCACCCGCGGACCCCGGGUCCCCGGCUCCCCCGCUCCCCCCGCAGCCCUCGGUCUCGGUCUCGGUCUCGGCGGCGUCCCGGAGGAGAAACGAGGCCAGUCGAACUUUUAACCCGCGCUCCUCCCGCCGCUCCGUCCGCUGGCGCGUCAUGUGCGCCCGUGUUUGAGGAUCCGCGCUCGGCGGUGAUGUGGCCGCUCGUUUAACCGCAGUAAAGCGCUGCUUUCCCCCCUUUUCCCUCCUUUUUACCGUCAUUUGUCCACUUUUCCGCCCGGUUGCCAUGGACUAAGUGACCAGCCCGGACGCUGGCUAGCUCGCGCAGCUAGCGCUAACCGAGCUCCGCGAACUUCUUGUUUGGGUCUGAAAAAUGUGGAUUUCCACCGUCCGUCGGUCUUUCGUGCCUUCAAGCGACAGCGAAAAGCCCAAGAGACGCAAAGCGUGUCUCUGAUACGGACGCGCGGCUCACAAAGCGCGAAAACUCCGCGCCUGGACGUUGUUUGUCAGAGCUAGCCGGCUCGCUAGCGCUCGGCUAGCCCGCCGCUGGAGAGACGCGAGCGGCGAGCCCGCCGUGUUGAACUCGACCCCGUCGCCCCGAACCGGACCGCGGACACCAGGCGAGACAUGUCGUCCUCCGCGGAGAGUCUGGCGGCUCGGUUCGAGAAGAUCGACGCCAUGCUGAAGGACCCGAAGUCGGAGAUAAACACCGACUGCCUGCUGGACGGUCUGGAUGCUCUGGUCUAUGACCUGGAUUUCCCCGCAUUGAGGAAGAACAAAAGCAUCGACAACUUCUUAAACAGAUAUAAGGACACAAUCAGUAAAAUACGGGAUCUGCGUAUGAAAGCUGAGGACUAUGAGGUGGUUAAAGUCAUUGGCAGAGGAGCGUUUGGAGAAGUGCAGCUGGUGAGACACAAAGCUACCAGUAAGGUUUACGCCAUGAAGCUCCUCAGCAAAUUUGAGAUGAUAAAGCGGUCGGACUCGGCUUUCUUCUGGGAGGAGAGGGACAUCAUGGCCUUCGCCAACAGCUCGUGGGUCGUGCAGCUUUUCUACGCGUUCCAGGACGACCGCUACCUCUACAUGGUGAUGGAGUACAUGCCAGGCGGCGACCUGGUGAAUCUCAUGAGUAACUACGACGUCCCGGAGAAAUGGGCUCGGUUCUACACGGCCGAGGUGGUGCUGGCGCUGGACGGAAUCCACUCCAUGGGCUUCAUCCACAGGGAUGUGAAACCUGACAACAUGUUGCUGGACAAGACGGGCCAUUUGAAGCUGGCGGACUUUGGCACCUGCAUGAAGAUGAACAAGGACGGUAUGGUACGAUGUGACACGGCAGUUGGAACUCCAGACUACAUUUCUCCAGAGGUACUGAAGUCUCAGGGGGGAGACGGCUACUACGGCCGAGAGUGCGACUGGUGGUCCGUUGGGGUCUUCCUGUAUGAAAUGCUUGUUGGUGACACGCCGUUCUACGCCGACUCGCUGGUGGGAACCUACAGCAAGAUUAUGAACCACAAGAACGCUCUGACCUUUCCUGAGGACAGCGACAUCUCCAAGGACGCAAAAAACCUCAUCUGCGCCUUCCUCACCGACCGGGAAGUGCGGUUGGGUCGUAACGGAGUGGACGAGAUCAAGCGGCAUCCUUUUUUCAAAAACGACCAGUGGACCUGGGAUAAUAUCAGAGACACUGCCGCACCGGUGGUGCCAGAGUUGAGCAGUGACAUCGACACGAGUAACUUUGACGACAUUGAGGAGGAUCGAGGAGAAGAGGAGACGUUCCCCAUCCCCAAAGCCUUCGUGGGAAACCAGCUUCCGUUCGUUGGGUUCACGUACUACAGUAGUAACCAAUCUCCUCGAGGUUCCUGCACGAAAACCAGUGACAAGCGAGGCAGCACCACUAAAGAAGACAAGAGCCACCUGGAGAACCUGCAAAAGAGGAUCCAUCAGCUGGAGGAGCAGCUGCACGGGGAAAUGCAGCUGAAGGACGAGAUGGAGCAGAAGUGCAGGGCUUCCAACACCAAACUAGACAAGAUAAUGAAAGAGUUAGAUGAAGAGAGUAAUGCGAGGAAGAGUGCAGAGGCCAGUUUGUCUCUGCUGGAGAAAGACAAGCUGAUGCUCCAGCACAGAGCCACGGAGUACCAGAGGAAAGCUGACCAGGAGGCCGAGAAGAGACGAAAUCUGGAGAACGAGGUGUCCUCCCUGAAGGAGCAGCUAGAGAACCUGAGGAAGAUCAGCCAGAGCACACAGGCUUCCAGUGAUAAGAUCGCCCAGCUGCAGCACCAGCUGGAGGAGGCGAACGACCUGCUGCGUGCGGAGUCGGACACGGCGGCCCGCCUGAGGAAGAGUCAGACGGAGAUGGGGAAGGCCAUGAGCCAGCUGGAGGGGCUGAACGGAGAGCUGCAGGAGAAGGUUCGGGCAGCCGACAGUGCCAGACAGCAGCUGGAGCGAGAGCUGCUGCAGCUGCAGAACACGCUGGACACGGAGAGGCGCACCUGCAGCCAGGGCUCCGAGGAGAUACGGCAACUGCAGGCUCGUAUUACAGGUCUGCAGGAGGACAAUAAGAACCUGAAGCAGAGCUUAUCUAAAGUGGAGGCGGAGAGGAAACAGGCUCAGGAGAGGAGUAACAGUCUGGAGAAGGAGAAGAACAGUCUGGAGAUCGAUCUGAACUAUAAGCUGAAGAUCCUACAGCAGCGUCUCGAUCACGAGAUCGCGGAGCACCGGGCUUCUCGGGCACAGCUGACGGACAAAUACGAGUCCAUCGAGGAGGCCAAAUCGGCCGCCAUGCACGCGGUGGAGCAGAAGGUGUCUGAGGAGAGCGUGUUGCGGUUGCGGGCGGAGAGCCGGGUGGUGGAGGUGGAGAAGCAGUGCUCUAUGCUGGAGUUUGACCUGAAGCAGUCAGUGCAGAAGAUGGAGCAGCUCAUGAAGCAGAAGGAAAGGCUGGAGGACGAGGUGAAGGCUCUGCGGGUGCAGCUAGAGCAGGAGUGUGGAAAGCGUUCUGCAGCUCAGACCGAGCUGAAGAACUGGACCAUCGAGGCUGAGAGGCUGAGGGGUUCUGAGAAACAGCUGAAGCAGGAGAUCAACACAGCCCUGGAGAACAAACGGUCGCUUGAGUUCCAGCUCGCACAGCUGACCAAGCAGUACAGAGGGAACGAGGGGCAGAUGAGGGAGCUACAGGACCAGCUGGAGGCCGAGCAGUAUUUCUCUACGCUGUAUAAGACUCAGGUGAAGGAGCUGAAGGAGGAGCUUGAGGAGAGGAACCGGCUGGUUCAGGAGACACAGAAGAAAAUGCAUGAGAUGCACGGAGAAAGGGACUCUCUGAUGGCUCAGCUGGAUCUGACUGUGACGAAGGCUGAAUCUGAGCAGUUAGCCAGAGCUCUGCAGGAGGAGCAGUACUUCGAGCUCAGUCAGGAGAGCAAGAAGAGCGCAACACGGCACAAACAGGAGCUCGCAGAAAGGGACUCUACUAUAGCACGGCUUGAGGAUUCCAACAAAACCCUAACCAAAGAUGUGGAGAACCUCACCAGGGAGAAAGCCGAGCUAGACACGAAGCUCCGAUCUCAGGAUGAAGAUUAUGCCGCCCAAAAAGAAGAAAUUUCGAACGCCAUUAAGGCGAACUAUGAGAAGAUACUCAACACGGAACGAACCCUGAAGACCCAGGCCGUGAACAAGCUGGCAGAGAUCAUGAACCGGAAGGACAUGAAGCUGGACCGGAAGAACCGCGGCAGCACCACGGAUCUGCGCAAGAAGGAGAAGGAGAACCGCAAACUGCAGCUGGAGCUCAACCAGGAGAAGGAGAAGUUCAACCACAUGGCCAUCAAGUACCAGAAGGAGCUUGGCGAAAUGCAGGCGCAACUAGUGGAGGAGAGCACGUACCGUAACGAGCUGCAGAUGCAACUGGACAGCAAAGAGAGCGACAUCGAGCAGCUGAGGGAGAAACUAAACGACCUGCAGCUGCGCAUGGACAACUCCAGCGUCACCAGCCUACAGCCGGACGAGACGGACAGCAACAUCGCAGAAUCCAGGCUGGAAGGUUGGCUGUCGAUCCCCAACAGAGCCAACAUUAAGAGAUACGGCUGGAAGAAGCAGUAUGUUGUGGUCAGCAGUAAGAAGAUUCUCUUCUAUAAUGAUGAGCAGGACAAGGAGCAGUCCAAUCCCUCCAUGGUGCUGGACAUCGACAAACUCUUCCACGUACGUCCGGUGACGCAAGGCGACGUGUACCGCGCUGAGACGGACGAGAUCCCCAGAAUAUUUCAGAUCCUGUACGCCAACGAGGGCGAGUGCAGGAAGGAGGCGGACCUGGAGGCCGUUCCUCAGGGCGAUAAGACCAACUGUCUGCCCCAUAAAGGUCACGAGUUCAUCCCCACCCUCUACCACUUCCCCUCCAACUGCGAGGCCUGUGCCAAACCGCUGUGGCACGUCUUCAAGCCCCCGCCGGCGCUCGAGUGCCGCCGCUGCCACGUCAAGUGCCACAAAGACCACCUGGACAGGAAGGAGGACGUCAUCGCACCCUGUAAAGUGAACUACGACGUGACGUCGGCGCGGGACAUGCUCCUGCUGGCUCUCUCCCAGGAGGAGCAGAAGAAGUGGAUCGGCCAUUUGGGCAAAAAGAUCCCCAAAACCCCGCCCUCCAGCUUCUCCCGCGCCUCCCCCCGCAACAUUUCCACCCGCUCCGUCGUAGCCAAUCAGUCCUUCCGCAAGAACCCCAAAAACAUCAGCGGGAAGUCCAGCUAACCGCCUGAACCUUCUCUCUGAAACGUGGGACUCGGGGGGGAGAAAGCAUAUAUAUAUACAAGAAAACUAAACCUUAAAAAUACAGUAAAAAAAAAGAGAAUUAAAAAUGGAAUUAACCCUAAAAGCUACAUUUCACACCGGGACGGAGGACCUGGCUAUGGUGGGUAAAGGGAUCGGCCCCCCCUUCAGGCCUGUAGGGGGCGCUCAGACCGUCCUCCACGGCUCGAGAUGGCAACUUUGGGACCAACAUCUCGCUCUGUCCUCUUUCCGAAGCCGAGAUUCUGAAGGGAGUGUUUUUUUGGGAGGGCGGGGUUAACGUAGUAGACGGGGGGUCUUCCCUCUCGGGGACAAUCGCUCUAGCUUUGCGGCUCCUUCCGCCUCCACUGACGUGCGUCUGAUGCCUUUAUUCUGAUGGAUCUGUUCUGUUGGCCUUACUGUAGAAGCAGACUCUGGGCAAUAACGGGGUUGGGACGGAGUUCUGGGUACUGAGUAUUAGAUUUUCUGUUUUGUUCUGGUUUUUGUUUGAGGAGCAUGCAAGAUCAUUACAAUCUAUGCAUAUUGUUGUUAUUAUUAUAGUAAUUAUUAUUAUUAUUGUUAUCCUCCAGGCCAUAGGAAUACCAUCGGAAUGGCUCGAGGAGUGCUAAAAUUUCAUAGCAGUCGUUUUUUUGUUCGUUGGGUACAUUAUUUCUGUAAUAUUUUCUGUUUUAUUUUUUUUGUUUUUUUUUUUUUUUUAACUUUUUGUAAUGUAUUGCCUUACCUUUUUUUGAUUCCUAGAUGAAUGGAAAAAAAAAGAAAAGAAAACAAAACAAACAAAAAAAAACUAAGUUAACAAAUGUAAAACUGCACUGUUUGAAUUGUAAGUUAUUUGUAGACGACUAAACUGGUGUAGCGUUCAGCCCCACCUAGUGCCUUAAUUACGAUUUUACUGCCAUAUCUGCUCGAGAUCUUCUUCCGAAAGAGAAGCGAGGGCUGAAAAAGGUUAAUAGUUGGAAACCCGUCGUCACUUUUUAUGGGACAACAAAAGACAUUAUCGUUUUAUCGGAACCGGUCGCUCGGACGUGGCCGAAACGCCCGGAUUUGUGGGUUCGGUGUCUUGCGUGGUGCAUUCAAAUGAAGGCGAGGCGCGACUCGCUUGUACGCUGAAAGCGUGAGGAAGCUGACCGGCAUCAGUUUGGUUCUUUCUAGUGGGAUACAUUAGAUCCCGAUAAGCAAUACGCAGUUCCUGAGCACCUGAUCUAAUACUUCAGCUCAUUACUUGGAGGGGAACUCCACCAAAUUUCAAAAAUUCCUCCAUAAUUCAGUGUUUGAGGUGCAAAGAUUCAGAGCGGGUUCGGUGUGAAGUGGUUCAGACGUCUUCACAGUGGUGGUGAUGGGAACCAGGCGUCGCCAUGACUACAUCACAGAUAUAGACACUUUAUUUACCAUCCAGAACCACCAGAGAACCCACACGAGUCUUCUCAGCUUAUAUGGAAAGUUGAUGAUGGAAAAUAGUGGAAAAUCUGGAAUAAUCAGUUUUCUUUGUGGACUAUUUUGCCGCACAGCGCCCUGCAUGUCGCCCUCCACCAUGAACGGAGUUUGAAGGGCUCAUGUACUGUAAACCAAGGAUGUUUGAAGUAGUAAACAAUCCCAAUACAAACGCUGUUUAAGUUCCAAAAUGCUCACACAAUCGGCCUGUUUCCAAUUCUGCGAUGUCACGGGAAGCACCUAAUUUACAUAUCAGCCUGUAGCGGUUUAGCCCCGCCCACUCAAGUUGGAGUUAGUGUUUCAGCCCAGAGUGCCCUUUGAAAGAGGCAGCAGCCAAUCAGGACAGGGCUCGUUUAUGUAUAUCAGUCUUAAAGACACAGUAACAGAAACAGCCUGCUUAAUUCCAAGGGAUAGAGAAGGAAAGCGGUCAUGUGGAAAUGAAUUAGGGCUGUUUUUCACUGCGGUAAAAUCACAAAUGUUCUAAGUGGAGCUCAGCGAGAAAAGAUAAUGUUACAGUCAUUAAAAAAAAACUGGAAAAAUAAGGUCUCGCACAUCCGGCAGUGAAUUCAUGACCAGCUUUCUGUGGGGGAGCUUUUAGAGGUGGACGUCUGGUUCCCAUCACCACCACUGUGAACAGUUGUGACUCUAGAACGGAGCGUUGAACACCAAACCCCUCUGAACGACCCUGUUUACGUCUUAACCAGUUAAUUAUGCAGGAAAUUAAGAACGGACCCCUCUAAUAGAGUCCAGGGGCUGUUUUAACGCAAGUUUUCUGGCCUGGCUUUCAUAUCGUGGCAUACACAUCAUCAUAAUACCCCCCAAAAGCGAAGUCUCGGUCUGUGUACAUAAAGAAGAUGCCACAAAGAUCAUGAAUACCUCCUCAGCUAUUGGAAAUGGUUUUUACGUUUUACGUGUUCAGUUAAAUGAAGCACUGGAACUACGAUCGCUAUCUUAUUUGUCUUGGUUGAACUGCAUGUUUAAUUGCAUCGGAGGCCGCACUGAUGGAUGUGUGUCAAUAAACCUUAUCUUUAUCACCUA